GUCGUCUACAAAAAGAGGCCGCACGAAUUCGGGAGGAACGCCGAGAUUCUCUGUAAUGUCACCGGCAAUAUGGCCAAAACCAUUGCCAAGCGCGCUUUCAGUUCGCAGAAACGCCACCCACCCAAGAACCAGGCCAAUUCGUACACGAUGGAACUGUUGCUGGUACUCGACAAGACCGUUCUCGAUUAUCACAAGGAUUUCGACGUCGAGAAUUACGCGCUCACCCUGCUCAACAUGGCCGCGGCGUUGCUGCACGACGUCAGUUUAGGAAUAAAUAUGGAAUUGACCAUUGUCAGGAUUAUAAGAAUGCUCGUCCAAGAGAAUGAGAUGAGCUUAACUAUAACUAAAGACACGAACGCUACCCUGAAAUAUUUCCAAAAGUGGCAACGAAUGAUUAACCCCGGGGACGAUACACACCCGAAUCACCACGACUGUGCCAUUCUGAUUACAAAGAGUAACAUCUGCGAUUCACCGAGCGUGUGUGGCUUCACCGGUACCUCGACGAUCGCUGGAACUUGCGACCCUUUGAAAGGCGCUGCCAUUAUAAACGACGUUGGCCUACACACGGGAUACCACAUCGCCCACCACCUCGGCCACACGCUAGGUAUGUCGCACGACGUCAAAGAGGAAAAUGGGUGUCCGGGCAUUAUUCAUCACGAAAAUUACAUCGAAACGACGGUCAUGCAUCCCGGUAACUUGUACAUCACGCGAAAGUGGUCCGUGUGUUCGAAAGAGUCGCUGAGAUUGUACAUCGAAACAGAUUUAGGAUUCUGUUUGGUGGACAAGCAGCAAAAUUACGAGUUCCCCAGCACGGAACUUCUUCCAGGUGUGAUGUACAACGCGGACGACCAGUGUCGAAUAGAGUACGGUCUCGAGGCCCGCCAUUGCGAUUUGGAGGUGAAGUGCGAGAGCCUGAGGUGCGCCAUUCCGGGAAAGGGUUGCGUGUCCACGAUGGAACCAGUGGCUGACGGCACGCGCUGCGGGGAGAACAGGUGGUGUUACGGAAUGAAAUGUCUGCUGGUCGGAGAAAGGCCUGGUGUCGUAGACGGUGGUUGGAGCAAUUGGUCACCUUGGAGUCGAUGCUCACGAACCUGCGGUUCCGGCGUCACACUCUCGGUCAGGCGAUGCGUCAAUCCUGUCCCGUCGAAUGGCGGCGCUUUCUGCAGAGGCGACAGAAAACGUCACAAAAUAUGCACCACCGAGCCGUGCGACGUAGGCGCCCCCUCGUUCCGCGAUGUCCAGUGCAGCGGAUACAACAACUGGAUCUUCCCAGAAGACGGGAAACUUCACCAAUGGUCCGAGUACAAGCUGCCCGAGGAUCUGAGAAUAUCGGAGAACCCGUGCACGCUUUACUGCGUGAACGAGAAGAACGUGGUCGCCUCGCUGAACCCGAGGGUCGUGGACGGCACCACCUGCUACAGGGGUAUCCGGAACAUUUGCAUCGGUGGUAUCUGCCGCGAGAUACCCUGCGAUCUCAACAUGGAAUCGAACGCCAUUGAGGAUGCGUGCGGCGUGUGCAAGGGGAAUGGGACCUCGUGCAGCCUCAAGUCGUACACGACGACGAUCGUGCAAGCGUCACGCCCGACGAAACUGGUCGAGAUCCCUCUCGACGCGACCAACGUCCGUGUCGAGGAGAUGGAACCCUCGAAAUCCAGGAUAAUGGUGUGGAGCAAGGAUGAGAAGCCGUUGAUUCGUGGGGAUCGUUUAGGAUUGUACGAGAUUGCGGGCAUGAAGGCGUGGUUAGGGGCGAUAAGAUUGAACCAGGAGACUCUCGUCAUACCAGGACCCAUCUUCGAGGAGUUGAUUAUAUUGAUUCUGCCGAAAGAGAACGUGACGGUGAGGUAUUCGUUCGGCGUGAGAGAGAAGAGCCCUCGUAAGCCCGAGUUCUCGUGGAACUUUCUCGACUGGGAAGAGUGCAACGCGAAUUGCGGCCCAGGCGAGCAGAUUUCCAAGCCUCGUUGCCUGGAGAAACACGCGGGCUUAGUGGAUGACACUUUCUGCAAAAGCAUGGCGAGGCCGCAGGAAAAAGUGAGACCCUGUUAUCGGGCGCCCUGUGUCCCGAGAUGGGUGCUCGGUGAUUGGCAAGGGUGCACAUCCUGCACGUUCCGUUGCGAGAACACGCGAUCCGUCAAAUGCGUACGCCCCGUCGGUCAUUCAGAGCAGGAUGUAGAUAUUAUCGCUGACAGCUACUGCGAAGGGCCGAAGCCGAAGGAACGGGAGCCCUGCGCCGGCCGGGAGAAACGUAGUAACGAUAAUAUUCCAACAACACGCUCGAAGCGAUGGCAAAAAGAUUCGGACGAAAAGAAAUUACGAAUUAAAAGGAAGCACGAAGAAGAGGAAGACGACGACGACGAUGACGACGACGAUGAGGAGGAGGAGGAGAGGCACGAAGAAGAGGAGGAGGAAAGAGAAGAAGAGGAGGAGGAAAGAGAAGAAGAGGAAGAAGAAAGAGAAGAAGAGGAAGAGGAAGAAGAAGAGAAAGAAGAGAAAAAGGAGGAAGAGGAUAGACUGAGAAUUCAGCAGAUAAAGAAGGGCGAAGAGGUGAUCGACAGCAAGGAUGUUCAUAAUUUAACCUUAAACAUCAUUUUGGAACACGAUGCAACCGGCGCCUUGAUUUUCCCCAAGGAUUUCGUGCCUCAACCACCGUCCAACAGUACCGUGUUUACUUUGGUUGGAAUGGAUGCGGUCAAGUAUAUUCAAAAAAUUCAAGAAGAUGCCGUGACUCCCUCUAAACGACAUUCUUAACGAGUUAACCUAAUUGAAAAUCGAUACAUACAUUAUUCGCGUUAUGAUUGUGUGCCCAGAGAUCUGUGUAUUAAUCGUUCUAAUUAUGAUUAAUUUAAUAUAUACGUGCAUUAUGUACAUUACACGAAAUGCAUUAAAUAUCACGUUUCAAUGCGAGAAUGGCCGUCUCUUUAAACGAUUAAAACAUUGUGACAUUGAUGGAAAUGAUUGAGCGUAGAUGUGAAUCUAUCUGCAAUACCGACCGAGCAGGCGUAAGAUAAUUUCGUAAUAAAUCGACUUGGCGUUAAAAUAUUAAUUCGUCGAUUAAAAACACGAUAGUACCGGCAGAAACCGCCGGCACUGUCACUGUUACGCUUGCAUUUUGUUUCAUCGUUGCCGUUCAAUUUGCCGUCAGAUUACGCACGCUUGCCAGGAAAUCGAAUUAUAUUCGACGCGGAUCGGGCUUUUAUCCGAUAUAUCCUAUUGAAUUGAAUCAAGUGUGCAUACGUUAAAUAUCGUUGAAAUAUAAGAGAGAGAGAGAGAGAAAGAAACUUGACACGUAUUUAAUAUAUAUAAUUUAAUUAGCUUAUCUAUAUUUCUCGAUACUUCUAAAUACAUACUCUUACAAUACGAUACUUUUAAACGCUCUCUUAAACGUUAUUCGAAUAAAGUAUCCAAUUAUCAUUAUUAUUAUUAUUAUAAUAAUAUCAAUAUUAGUUAUUUAAACUGUACAAAGACGAUGCACUUGGAUUUAUCUUGAAUUAAUUCGAUAAUAACAUACCAUUUUUCAAAUUGCUUGAAGUUUCACAGUGUUCGGAGAGGGGGAGGAGAAGAGAGGGUAGAGAGUGGAGGAAAGAAAAAUAUUAUUUCAAUUUUCCAAACUUCGUUUCGUUCAAAAACCUCGAAUUAAUAUAAAUUCACGAAUAUAAAUCCGAAUAUUCAAAUAUCAUAUAUCGAUCUUCGAAAAUUAUAUUAUAUAUAUAUCCUUUCUUUAAAACGGAAUAUCUCCCAUUAAUUUUGACUCUCUGACCCAAUUGCUUCGAUUAAACGACCAACCAUCGACCGACCAAUUCCAAAUAACAUCCGCUCGUCACGAUUCGAACCAUCGAUUCCCGAAUCCUAAUCCUAACCCGAUGCGCGACCAUCCUGUCGAA